AUGGAGGGCGAUAUGAGCGAGGAGGCGGUUCACAUUAGAAUUGAUGGCGAGAGCAUGGUGCGGAUACAGUUGCAGGAGAACAGCAGGGACAGGCUACCAGAGGGCAGGGCUGACGUGGAAAGCAGGGAGGAGCGAGAGCAUGGUGGCGAGCACGGGAAGAAGGCCGCUGGGAGGAGAGUGUCAGAGCAGUUUAGUGUGAUGGUGCAGCAGGCACGGUCGUCAGGAAAUGAGGGCCAGACGGGGGAGAAACAGAAUCGGCACAGUCGGGCCAAGGCUCUCCCACCCGGCCUUCCUGCGUCUGCUUCCCGCACCUGUAAACCCAGUGGGGCGCACAGGCGCAGUGCUUCCUUCGGCGGACACGCACUACAGGACAGGAGCGGGUGCGUUAUGGGCCACAGGGUAGUGGAUACGAAGGCAGGGAAGGAGAGUGGGAGAGAGUUAGGAGCGUGUGAGCAAGGGCAAGGAGGAGCAGGGGUGAGUCAAGGGCAAGCAAGCGGAUCCAAAGGAAUAAGGAACUCUAGAACGAGUUCGCGAAAGGACAAGGAGGGAGCAAUAGCAGCGGGAAGCGGACAGAAGUUAUUGAAUAAAUCCAAGGCAGCAGCAGCAGGAGGUGCAGGUGGGGGCGGUGGAGAGGGAGGUACCGUAGCGGUGAGCAGGCGGAGGCGCUUGAGGCAGGUGUUCUGCAUGGAUGCCCCCACUGUCACCCACGGCUGGUGCAGCGAUGGUGAGGACGUGGGAGCAGAGUCAGACGGUGGGCUGUCUGAGGGAGACGAGGAUGGGGAGGGCGGAGAUGAUGGUGCUGCUGCUUCUCGUCUGGGAUACACCCAGCACAGCCAUCGUCCCAAUCAGCAGCAGCAGCAGCAGCAAAGGGACAUAGGUGCGGUAACCAUAACUCGUCCCACAGGUGGGGCAGAGAGCAGGAGGCGUCCAUCCACCGCCCCCCACGUGGACCACCAGUUGCGCCGUGUAUACUCCCAGCACACCCCGGACUCCUCUUCUGCUGCUCACUCUGCUGCGCAAUUUGCUGCACCAUCCACCUCCUCGUCUCCUAUUAAAGGCUCUACGGCCGCCAAGGCAAGGCGCGUCCCGUGUCAAGACGGAGAUUCGGUUGCUCCUGAGCGAGAGAAGCUCCGGAGGGUCAAGUCCCAGCAGCAUGGGGGGGAGGCGUCCGAAGUGGUUCGCCGGAACACCACGGGCCUCGGCGCUCCAGCAUCUGCUGUCCGCCUGCCCCGCUCGCUGACAACCCACCAGCCCCCGAGCCGGUUUGACGAACCUCAGUGCAUGGGACAGAGGGUGGGUGGGGUGUCAACCCGGUUACCGCGUUCGCUCACUCAUCAGCCAUCGCAACCUCAAUCCGACGGUUCACACGCAGUCCCUGUAGGUGCUGUCUCGUCGAGAUCGUUUAAGUCCUCCCGUUCUGCAGAUGGCUCUGCCAAGCUCCGGCAUGCCAAGUCCCAGCAGUCCAACCCUGCGGUGGUGGCACAGCGGCAGCACCAGGAGGAGGAGGAAGAGGAAGAAGAGGAGGAAGCUGCAGCAGUUACGGCUGACUCCCACCCAAGGGACCACGUGCUAGGCAGGGAUUACUCCGAUAUAGCAGCAUCGUUUGUGAUUAUAAAGAAGGAGGUGUUGGGGCAGGGCGAGCUGGGCGUGGUGAGGAGAUGUGUGGAGGUGGCAUCUGGCGAGGUGUACGCAUGCAAGACAGUGGAGAAGAAGGGGAUUCGCACCAGCGAGGAUGCGGACGAUGUGAGGCGCAUGCUGGCAUGCCUGCAGGCAGUAAGGGGCCAUGCGAACGUGCUGACGCUCAAGGCUGUGUUUGAAGAUGCCGAGAACAUCCACGUCGUCAUGGAGCUCUGUGCGGGCGGCGAGCUCUUCGAUUUGAUUCGGCGGAACGGGCGGCAGAGCGAGGGCGUGUGCGCGUUGGUGUGCAGGGGAGUGGUGGCAGCACUGCAGCACUGCCACGGGCAGGGCAUCAUUCACCGUGACGUCAAGCCCGAGAACAUCCUCCUGCUGCACGCACGCCCCAACUCCCCCAUCAAGCUUGCUGACUUCGGGGUGGCCUCUGCGUUCAAGCAAGGUGUGCCCCUGAGUGACAUUGUGGGCACGAGAGAGUACAUGGCACCAGAAGUCAUCAGCGGAUGCUACGGCCCCGAAGCCGACAUCUGGAGCACUGGAGUCGUGCUCUACAUCAUGCUCUGCGGUACGCCGCCCUUCCGGCCCUCGGCCAAUCACAGCGUGACAGAUGUCAUCCUCAAGAAGCCCGUGAGGCUGCGCUCUGAGCGGUGGAAAGGGGUAUCGGAGGAGGCAAAGGACCUCGUGCUGCGCAUGCUGGAGAGGUGCCCUGCCAAACGACUCACGGCCAGCCAAGUGCUAGCAUCCAUGGAUCCGAAAGUGGACGUGAAGGGGCAUGGAGGGGACAAGGGUCUUACAGAGCAGGGAAAUGUUGCUGAGAGCACAGCUGAAACUGGACUGGAAAGCACGCCGGCGAGUACCUCCGCAUCCUCGUCUAAGUCAACUUCAGCCGAAGGGAAGACCAAAUCUCAGGGAAAGGGAGGGAAGCUGGCUUUGGAACAAAUACGGCGUGUCGUUGAUGACCCUGAAGUACCAGCGGAUGAGAAGAUUAAGAUUCUGCAUUCCAAGAUAAUGGCGCAGGCACGGGAAGCUAAGGCUGGCGAUAAGGAGAGCGCAGCUUUGCUGAAGAAGAUUGAUCAACUAACAAGGGAACGCGACUCUGUUAUGGCCGAAAUGAGGAAGUCUGCCACGCUUCGUGGCAAAUUGGAGACCUUGUGCCGUGAACUUCAGAAGCAAAACAAGACCAUAUUGGAAGAAAGCAAGAAGGCUGCAAACGAGCAGCAGCAGAAACGAGAGGAGUUAUCAUCUAAAUUCCUAGACUCCAUCAAGGACAUCGAACUCAGAUUGGAAGAGCAGGGAGCUGAAAGAUCAAGCCACCUUAAGGAAAAUCAUAUUCUUGCCGAGCAACUCAAGAAAAUCCAAGAGCAUGCAGACGUCAAGGAGAAGUACUGGGCUCACCUUAUCAAGACGAAAGACCUUGAGUAUCAGCUGUUGGAUGCAAAGUUCAAGCAGCAAGAGAAGUUAAUGGUCGAAGAACGGGCUCUGAGCAAGGCAAGAGGCGAACAGGUCAUUGAUCUUCUCAAGACAGAAAAAGAGCUGAGGGGCCAGUUGGCGUUAUACAUUGAUAAGUUUGAUCAAUUCCAGGGUACUUUGUCCAAGAGCAACGAAGUCCUUGGCACAAUGAAGAAGGAAAUGGACAAGAUGACGAAACGCAUCAAGAAGCUGGAGAAGGACAAUUCUGAACUUCGAGCCAAGUCUGAAAAGUCGGAUGUUUCUCUGAUUGAGCUUCUUGAUGAGCGUGCGGCACAGCGCAAGCAGCUUGAGACGCUGCAGGCUCAGAAGCAGAAGCUGGAGGGUCUAUGCCGGUUAUUGCAGGCGGAAAGGAAGAAGUGGCAUGAACAGGCCCAGGAACAGCAGCAGCAUGAGCAAGAGAGUGUGAGCGUGGAGGAACCUACGACCGCUGAUGCAGUUGAUUCCACAGACAAGUCCGCAGAUGCAGUUCCAUCAGGAGCAACAAGUGAAAGUGGCGAGAGUAAUGGCUCUGACGCACAGCAGGCAUCAACGGAUGUUCAGCCUUCAGCUGUUGCCGACAGUGGUGCAGCCAUACCAGCAUGA